GCAGAAAAAUCACAUGUCAUCAAAUUUCUACCAUCAUCAAGUAGAUUUCCAAUGGAAAAACUACAAACUUAUGUUGGUCACUCUGCAUUUCUUUCCAAGCCUGUUUGCAGAAUGAAGCGCCAUUUUACUAACCUUUCUUGUGAAGGAAUGCAAUAUCUUUUAAAUAAAAUAUGUUGAUAAAAAUAUGUGAAAGUGUCACAUACGAUAUCUAUAAUUCUCAUGGGAAAAAGUUUGAAAUAAAUUGAAAUCGGUAUGGAAGAUGGUUUACAGAAGGAAUUGACGAGUUCACCCACACCAGAUCACAUUAAUAAUGGAGUAGCUUCUUCAGUUAUGGCAAACUUCCCGGAAGGGAUAGUUGCUGAUACCAAAAAAGAAGUUGGCAAUCAAUUUGAGAAUUCAGGCCCCAAAUUCAAUGGAAGUGUACAUUCAUCUGAUGAAGCUGAUAAUGAUUCUGAUGCAGAUGCCUUAGUUAUAGAUGAAAGUGUUCCAAAACGUCGUGUUAAGAAACGUAAAUUGAGUAAUAGAUCAAAAACUAGUGGUGAUAAUUGUGAAGAAAGUGAAGUUGUUCUACAUUCAAAUCCAUAUUUCAACGAAUCCCUUUUUGAGUUAUCCCAGCAACACAACAAUUCACAUACAGAACAUGAAGUUCCCUGUAAUGUAGCCGAGAAAUGUGGACGCUUGAACAAAUCAAAACGUAUUAAAACUAAAAACAGUCCAAAGUUACGAGAAUAUGCUCAAUACCUGGGUCUUCAACCUGCUGUGCAAUUUAAAUGUUCUAAGUGUAAACAAUCUGGAUUUGAAACAUUACAAAGUUUAAAUGAACAUUUAGUGAAUUGUACAGCUGACCCUAGUGCUUUUGCAGAAGUUGAAGAUAGUUCGGUUUCUAGUUUUAAAUUGACAAGAAAAGUGUUUUUAUGUUCAGCAUGUGGCACAUAUUACGAAAAUUGGAAUUUAUACAUGCAUAUGCUGGAGCAUCAUAGGAGAUUUAUAUGUUUGUAUUGUCUUGGAAUGUUCUCAGUGUUGGAUGAUCUAUGUCAACACAUACAAUCUAGGCACAAUUGGGAACCUCACCAGUUGGAAACACCUGCUGAUUUUUUCAAAGAUUAUAAAGAACCUUGUUUUAUAAUUUGCUGUGAAUGUAAAAAGUUAUUUAAUGAACAAGACAAUUUUUUUUAUCACAAUUGUGUACCGUGCGAUAAUAAUUCAGGUGCAAAAAACACAUUAAGCAAAGGUGUCAAAAAUAAGUGUAUUAAACAGCAAAUAAGACCAGAAAAUCACGUCACCGGUGACUCAGUUACAGACAAUUCUGGGGAAAUAAACUCUUUGGUAGUCGGAUGUUCUAGUGACACUCCAGUGAAUAAAAUUAAAAACUCUGAAAUGGUGAGAAGUUCAGUGAAUGUUCCUGAAACUUCUGAGGUUCUUCCCGAGAUGCCAGAUUUCAACAAGAGGACAACAGGAACUGAAUUGACACCUCAACGUAUGGGCAGUCAAACAUUAGAAAAAAGUGAUUCCUUUGAAAAAGAUGAGCAUACCGAAAAACAAGAUAAUAGUGACUUGGAAGGAUCUUUUUCCAUGGAAACCAAUGACAAACAAGCAUCGUCAAAUCUGACAAUUGACACCAGUAAUGAUGAAGGAAAAAUUGAUGAAAAUUCUGAUAAGGAAAGAGAUGUGAAUUCGCCCACCUUUUCAGAGAAACAAAUAUACGAUCAGUCCUCCAGAGAUAGUGACUUCAAAUCGCAUGACAGUAUGAAUUCUGACCCGGAAGAAAGUAGGCAUCCAGAAACAGAAAACAUGAGUGCGGAAGAAAACGUUGAACCGUUAGAAACCAGGAAGGUACCGAAAUUAUCUCUGAAAUUACCCAAAAUGGACGCCUACUCCAAGGUAGAGGCCGAGGAGAGUGAUGACAGCGAUAAGUUAGGUAUGGAAGUAGAUCAGAUCGAAAGUGAAAAUGAAAAUGAAUAUAUAAACGCUAACGAAGAGAAGGUAGAGAACAUCAGUAAUGAUAACGACAUUCAAGUAGCUGGACAGGAUAUCAGUAUAGUUGAAUUAGAACUAGAACAACCCCUAGAUAAGUUCGAUAUAAAGAUACUCCUGCAAAAAUGCUUGCUUGCCACUGUACCGUCUUGCGUUUACUGCAACCAUGCAAGGAAGAUAGCCGUAAACGGUAAGCAGUUGGGACUCCAUGCUAUAGCCCAGCAUAGAUACUCUGCCAUCGUUAAAAGUAUAACGGAGGAAGAACUGAUCCCCGAAAGUUUCGUUAAUAGGAUCAAGGAGUCCCUGGAGGAUCUUGAUAAGGUCUACUUCAACCUGGAAUCUAACCUGACCGAAGAAGCGGUUACCUUUUCUCACGUAUUCGAAUGCUUCCAAUGCCGUUACUCAACAAACGUACACAAAGAACUGUAUCUGCACAACAGGAAGAUGCACACAAAGAACCUGCUGCUGUGUAUAAUGUGCAAGUCGAAUUUCUACAGUUAUAGCGAGCUUAUCUGCCAUCUCUGUCCGGGAGAAUACGUUUUGGACCACGAUAUUCAGUACAGAUGCUGCAUGUGCGUCAGUGACGAUCUGCCCUCAGCCUUCAGGCUGAUGGUGCACCUGAGGAAGCGACAUCACGUUUGCGACGUCUGUCUCGAGCUGUGCCACAACCAGUACAAGCUCUCGAAUCACGUCUGGAAGCAUAAGCUACAUCACUUCUGCUACCGGUGCGGUAUAGCAUAUAGAAACAAACAGGAUAUCACUAGACAUCUAUUCUGGAAACAUGGCACCGAGAGCGUGCUGUGCAAGAAGUGCCUGCAGAAGAAGUGGCCUCACGUCUUCCACUUCUGCAUACCACCCGCGGUCUUCACCUGCGAGGAGUGCGGGUUGAACUUGACCAAGGCCGUUUACCUGAAAGUGCACAAGAGGAUCCAUGCGGACGAAAAGCCCCAUCGUUGUCAGACCGAAGGUUGCGAGCAGGGUUUCAUAUCGAAGAAGCUCCUGCUGAAACACGAACAGCAACACCUCGAACCUUCCAAGGUGGAGGACGAAGAGACGAAAGACGCCGAAGAUAACCGCGUCGAAGACAUAGAAAACGUCGACGUGGUGGCGGAAGACAAGAAGGAGGCUGAUAAGCCGAAGCCAAAGGUUGACGUCUUGGAUUUGCCGGAACUGAACCUAUCCGAAAGCAGCGACAGCGAAUCGGAGAACGAGGCGCCAAAACCGGAAGCCAACAAGACGGAAGAGGAGAACAUCAUAGAGACCCUGGAGGAGAGAACGCUGGAGGUCGAGCAGGAAUUGGCCAACAGCGUGACGGUGGCGCAGGAGGAACAGGUCGAAAGGACGGAAGACGCGACCGAUUCUUCCGUUCCUAUUCUGGAGAGCAUCUGGGACGACUUCAAGAUCUACCAGGCCAAGAGGGAGAAGAUCGACAAUCUGUUCGGCGAAUCGGACAAACCUGACGAGGCCAAACCAGAUGAAGUUCAGACGGAACCCGUUCUUACGCUGGAGAUGGCUCUCCAAGACCACGAUUAUUUCUAUGACCCUGAAAGCGGUCGCGAUUCGAACGUCCUGAUCGAAACUGAACCCGAUUUGUCGCAGAGGGUCGACCACGACUAUUGCACCCCGUCGGAAUCCACGCCUGCCGUGGAAAAAGAAGAAAAGGAACAACCAGCACCGGCGGAGACGAAGAAAGCUGAUAACUCUGACGAUUCCAGCAGCGACAGCGAUUCCUCGAGCUGCUCCUGCGGCUCUAACUGUUCCUGUUCUUCGGAUUCUAGCUCGAGUUCCAGUUCGGACAGUUCCGACUCGGAUAGUUCGACCGAAGAGGGCAGGAGAAGGCAGCAGAUCCGACGAGAGAACAAGAACGCCAAGAACGAGGAGAAAGAACCGGAAACUGCCAAGGUGGAGCCGAAGAUCGAGAGUUCCGCUCCUUCUACUGAUAUUCCUAUCCUGGAGACCGACUUGGACACCACCGAGAGCGAGACGGACGAAGAGUUCUACGACAAGCAACCGCAAAAGUUGGCCAGGAAGUUGCUGGAGGAGAAGAGGAACCAGAUCCUGGCCGAGGUCGGGUCUCUGCCCAACGGCAACAUGUACCAGACCAGCAGGAACUCCACUCCCAGCCUGCCCGAAGAGGUCAAGCACAAGAAGAAGCUCAAGACUAAGAAACGCAAGAAGAAGAAGAGCGAGAGGAAGGAGACUAGUUUUACGGAGUACGCCGCUCCUGAGAACGUUCCGGCAGCUCCCUAUCCCGUCUAUCAAAGCCCAGUUGUCGCCCCCUUGACCAUAUCCCUGAAUAAGAUUUCUUCACCUCUCCUGAACCAACAACAGCAUGUAAUGGCAACCCCUGCCCAAGAUCUUUCUAACCUUAGACAAGAUACAGAUUCCAACCUUCGAGCUUCUAAAAGGAGAAGGGUCCCCAACAAGUUCUACGGUUAUUCUAGCGACGAGGAGGCCGACAAGUCGACACCUACAUCGUCGAAGUGGAGAAAGGUCGAAACUCAGGUCAACACUGUUCAGCGUCAUUCACCUCUGACGGUACCGCCCAUAACCAUAAAGACGGGCGUGGCCACAACCAAACAGCUGGUCGAGCCAAUCACCAUAAGGCAGACCGCCAAGUCGGGCGAGUUGAAGGUGCACCAGAGGCAGCAACAAGCCGUAGCCCCGCCCCCAAGGGUGCCGCCUCUUCAGAUUAACACCUCCUUACUACCCAGAACAGUUUCCGAAGAACCAGACUCGGAUUCAAACGAGUCCACUGUGGAGGAGGUAGCCGAGCCUGAACAGCCAAAGGUACCGGUAUACUGCUACUGCAAGUGUCCCUAUGACGAGGUGUCUGAGAUGAUAGGAUGCGACUCCCACGACUGUGAAAUCGAAUGGUUCCACUUCGAGUGCGUGGGGAUCAUGGUGCCCCCCAAAGGACAGUGGUUCUGUCCGGAAUGCAGAAAGAAGAAGCAGAGACGAGAGCUUAUGAAUUUCUAGUAUCAAGAUAUUUCGCUUUUAACCACCUUUAUAAAAUAGUUUUAAUUUGAGAGUGUUAGAGAUGUUCAUGCGGAGCCUGAAUUUAACACGAGUUUAAAGUUCUUUAGAAAUUAUCUAUGAUAUAUUCUGAUUGAAUUUAAACGUUUUUUCUCAUUUAUUAAAAUUAAAACUUUUUGAUCCAUUUUAUAAGGCGAGCUUUUGUUAAAAUUAAUAUCGUUAUUAUUGGUAUGAAAUAAUAAUGUAACCGUUUUAGGAAAAAAGAACAUUUCGAUAGUCAAUUCUUCAAAGUGUAGCGGGAAACAGUUGUUACAAUUCGAAGUGGAAAUCUUUUGCUAAGCGAGAAUAAUGUCGAUGUGAAGGGUCUAUGUGAUGUCUGUGUUGCUUCAUAUAUCUUUAGUGAUCGUCCAAUGAAAAAUGGAUUUUUGUCAUUUGCAUAUCGAGGCAGAAAGUUUAUUUGACUUUAUUUUCACUACGAGAGCCAAUGAGGGGCAGUUGGUUUUGAAAACAAAAUGUAUAUAAGGUGUAAAUAUUGAUUAUUUUCAAAUAUUGUUUUUUUAUUGUGGUGAAACUCCACAAUUCAAUCACCUCUCUUCUGAAGAAGUUUGUGGCCAAAAGUUGUUGAAAUUAUUAGUUGUAUAUGUGUAAAUAAUUUUCAUUAUUCCUAUUUGAUAGUUAUUUGUAGUUUUAGAUCUGAGAAGGAUUCAUUAUUUCAGUAACUCGAUUGUAUGUUAAAACUAUACAAAAUAAAAUUAAAUAAUUCAUAA